UCUGCUCGUCUCGCUGGGGCUGAGAAGUGGCUGUGUCUUUGCCAAAUCCCUCUUUUCUGCUUUGUUGCCCAGGUUCAUGUCUCAGGCUCCUGGAGAUGCUGCUGACUGCCCUGCACCUCCCUGCGUGAGCCAGCAGAGAAUGGAAGCGACUGGAAUCAUCUGGGCAAAGGACCCUUCACCAGGCACUGGGAUGUUGUGCCCCUGAAGAUGGGAGUUACAAAUGGCCUUGUGAACUGCACGUGUGGCACAGACACCUGCACUGCCACACCCCUUGCACACUAGUCCCAAGCUGCCGCAGGACAGGCAGACAUUGGCCACAGCAGCUCAUCCUGUUAACUCCUCUGUGAAAACAUUUGUGGAAGAGCUUUCCUUGUCCUCUGUGAAUGCCAGCAGUGUGUGUCUGUGCCCCGUGUGCCGCUGUGGUGCUCCCUGCCCUGUGGGGUGGGCAGCGGGCUGUGCAUCACCCCCUUCCCCAGCCACACCGGCGGCAGCCGAGCACGGAGCCCUGCAGCUCUGUCCCUGGGGACAAAUGCCAGCUGCCAGACUCUUCUCUGGAGACCCAGGAGCAGCCUGCGAGGCACCAGCACUGACUGCUCCCACGCCAGCAGCGGGCAGUCCGGGACGCCUCUUGUCACAGAUGUGACUCACGCUGGACAGGAGUGCUCCAGCUGCAGGGCACGGCAUGCAGCAGGGACGGGGAUGCUCUGCACUGACCGGGCAGCCUCACGCUGCUAGCGUGGACUUUCCUCCUGCUCUUCCCUAAAGGAUGCUGGCUGCCCGUCCAGAAGCUCCUGCUCAUGCAGCCUGCUAGAGUGCCAUGGCGAAGGGUCUGCAGGGCUUCUUGUGGACCAUGCUGCUGCUGUUCUGCGCCAUCCAGGAGCUGGGGUCCUGGGCCAUGCACACGGCCGUGGAGGGCCCUGGCCUAGGGGAGCCCGGGGACCCUGCGCUGCUGGCUGGCGGGCGAGUGAAGCGUGGCUGGGUCUGGAAUCAGUUCUUCGUGGUGGAGGAGUACACGGGCACGGAGCCGCUGUACGUGGGGAAGAUCCACUCAGAUUCGGAUGAGGGAGACGGCUCCAUCAAGUACACCAUCUCCGGGGAGGGCGCCGGGACCAUCUUCCUCAUCGAUGAGAUCACGGGGGACAUCCACGCCACCGAGCGCCUGGACCGCGAGCAGAAAACCUUCUACACUCUGCGGGCUCAGGCCCGGGACCGACAGACGGACCAGCUGCUGGAGCCCGAGUCAGAGUUCAUCAUCAAGGUGCAGGACAUCAACGACAGCGAGCCGCGCUUCCUGGAGGGGCCCUACAUCGGCAGCGUGGCGGAGCUGUCCCCCAUCGGCACCUCUGUGAUGCAGGUGAUGGCCUCUGAUGCCGACGACCCCACCUAUGGGAGCAGUGCCCGGGUAGUCUACAGUGUGCUGGAGGGGGAGCAGCACUUCACUGUGGACAGUAAAACAGGUGUGAUCCGGACCGCCGUGGCAGACCUGGACCGUGAGACACAGGACCGCUAUGAGGUGGUGAUCCGUGCCACAGACAUGGCCGGGCAGCUGGGGGGCCUGUCCGGAUCCACCACCGUCACCAUCGUGGUCACCGAUGUCAACGACAACCCGCCACGCUUCCCUCAGAAGAUGUAUCAGUUCAGCAUUGUUGAAACGGCCCCCGUGGGCACAGCCAUCGGGAGGGUGAAGGCAGAGGACUCUGACGUCGGGGAGAACACGGACAUGACUUAUCAAGUGAAGGAUGAGGAAGGGGUGGAGAUGUUCAAAGUCACCACAGACAGUAAUACCCAGGAGGCUGUCAUCACGGUACAGAAGCCUCUUGACUACGAGUCAAAAAAGGUGCACACUGUCGUGGUGGAGGCGCUCAACAAGUUUGUGGACCCGCGGUUCGUGGACCUGGGCACCUUCCGGGACCAGACCAUCGUGCGGGUCUCGGUGCUGGACGUCGAUGAGCCCCCCGAGUUCCGGCCCCCCUCCGACCUGAUGGAGGUGCAGGAGGAUGCACAUGUUGGAUCUGUCGUGGGGGUGGUCACUGCCCUGGACCCGGACACAGCGAACCACCCUGUCCGGUACGCCAUCGACCGCAGCACGGAUGCCGAGAGGAUCUUUGACAUCGAUGCCAAAACAGGAGCUAUUGUGACAGGAAAGGUCCUGGACCGGGAGACAGCAGGGUGGCACAACAUCACUGUCCUGGCCAUGGAAGCAGAUAAUCACUCCCAGGUGUCCAGAGCCUCUCUCCGGAUCCGAAUCCUGGACGUCAAUGACAAUCCACCUGAGCUUGCCACCCCCUAUGAAGCAUCUGUGUGUGAGGAUGCCAAGCCAGGCCAGCUGAUCCAGACAAUCAGCGUUGUGGACCGGGAUGAGCCUCAGAGUGGCCACCGUUUCUACUUCACAUUGGCGCCUGAAGCCACCAACAACCACCAUUUCUCUUUGCUGGAUAUCCAGGACAACACGGCAGCGGUGCACACACAGAGAGUGGGCUUCAAUCGCCAGGAGCAGGACGUGUACCUGCUCCCCAUUCUGGUGGUGGACAGCGGCCCCCCAGCCCUGAGCAGCACAGGGACUCUGACCAUCCGUGUCUGUGGCUGUGACAGCAAUGGGGCCAUCCAGUCCUGCAACAGCACAGCCUACGUCGUGUCAGCCACGCUGAGCCCCGGCGCCCUCAUCGCGCUGCUGGUCUGUGUCCUCAUUCUGGUUGUGCUGGUCCUUCUGAUCCUCACGCUGAAGCGACACCACAAAAGCCACCUGACCUCUGAGGAUGACGAGGACAUGAGGGACAAUGUCAUCAAAUACAACGAUGAAGGGGGUGGUGAGCAGGACACAGAGGCCUAUGACAUGUCAGCCCUGCGCAGCCUCUACGACUUCAGUGAGAUCAAAGCUGGGGACGGAGGUGGGGGGCCAGGAGAGGGGGGCCCAGGCAGAAACCCAGCCUCCGAGCUCCACGCCCUCCCCCAGUGGGUGCAGAGCCCAGACCUGGACUUCUCUGUGUUCAGAGACUACAUCUGCAGGAAGGUGGAGCAGGCGGAUGAGGACCUCUCUGUGCCGCCCUAUGACUCAUUCCAGACCUAUGCCUUCGAGGGCUCGGACUCCCCAGUGCCCUCCCUGAGCUCCAUCAACACCUGGUCCAGCGGCUCGGAGCAGGACUUCUCCUACCUGGGGGGCUGGGGGCCGCGGUUCCGGCAGCUGGCAGCGCUGUACGCGGGGCGCAGGGGUGAUGAGGACAGCGAGGAGUCCUAGCUGCCCCUCCAGCCCCUGGGCUCCGGGCACCUCCUGGGCUGGGGCUCCAGGCUGUGAGGUGCCCCAGGGAAUCGGGAAUCGUGUGUUCCUGGGCCGGACUCCACGGCUGCACCGCGGGCACCGGGGACUGCUCCUCUGCAGCUGCAUUCGGCUCGGGUGGGCUCUGCACCCGCCUGGGGAGCCCAGAGGAGCCACCGGGGUGUCUUCAUCUCCUCAAAGCCAGUCUCCAUUAAAGCACUACGCAUUGACUUAAGAAGGAGAAAAUCUAAUUCAAGAGGGUUUGGAGAGGGUUUCUCCCCCCCAAAUUAUCAUUUAAAUAGAUCUGUUCGGUGAUCCCCAUCCAGGAGAGGAAGAGCGAACCGGGAGUCUUUUGUUGUCUAAAUUGUUUUUGUCACUUGAGUCAGAGCAUUUAAAGAGCUUUGAUUUCUUUAAGAGCUUUCCUUGCUGAGGGAAACAAGCUUUUAACUUCUGUUCAGAUUUUCCCCUCCUAAGUUUACCUGCUUUUUGAAGUCUUCCUUCUCGCUGUUCCCCGUGGGUCUCUCAGUAGCCCCCGGCUGUGGGCAUGGUGUUGGAGGGAGGAUGCCACGCUGGGAUCACAUCCUGCACAGAGCAGCUGCUCACCUCAAACCGGGUUUCCCUUCCGUGCUGCAAUCACUUUGCCCCUGUCUUGUGAUCACAGAGGUGCUGCUCAUGUGAGGGGCAUCCCCAACACUCCCUGCACAGCGGUGUUGUCUGCCAAGUCUUGGUGUGCCCAACAUCCCAGUGACAGACCUGUCACCGAGGGCAGUGUUGUGCCAGGGCCACAGCAGCUGUGGUGCUGGGGAGUGCCAUCAGAGGGGCCCAGAGCAGCACCCCCAGGUGGGCUCUGCCAGCCCCUCACACAGGACAUGGGGUUUGCAGGGCUGUCAUCAAAUGGUGUGAGCUGCACAGGGCAGCAGGCAGGACAUCAGUGUUCCCUGGCCCACAGUGGCUGGGGGAGAGCUACAUCCCAUGGAGGACCUUGCUGCAGGGUGCAGGAGAACCCCAGCUCAUGGCUGUGAAGAAUAAUUCCUGCUUGCACCCAGCUGACAGCAGAGCAUCACCAUUAGCAACAGAACAGCCAUCCCCAGGAGAUGUGUGUGAGACCAGAACCUGCUGGCACAGCUCUGGGGCUGAGCUGGCAGCAGUUCAGGCAGCUUGUCUGUGACACUUUGGGGUACCCAGGGUAUCCCCACCCCAGCACAGUAUCCUGCAGCAAACCACCAUGAGCUCCCAGCAGGACUGCUUUUGCAUAUAAUUCUUGGGUUUGGGAGGCAGGUGAGGAAGAUACCAGUGAGAUGUGCCAUUGCUCCUCAGGCUGCAGAUGAUGCUGGAGGAAAGCACUGGGUGCCCAGUGCCUUCCCAGCCUGCCAACUACCACAGGGAAAACUGAACAUCCUGUAGAGUGAUGUCCUUGCACAACACCUCAGGCCAUCCUGGCUGGUGCAGCUCCUUAUCUGUUCAUGUUGAGAAAAAAUCAAUUAUAUCAUUGAUAGGUAACUGAUAUGGUAUCGCAAGGCCUGACACAUUCUGGGCUUGUCAUUGGGUUUGUCCUUUUAGUUUAACCACAGACACUGUUUUCUCUCCUCAGAGAAGGUUUAACUGUAAAUGUACACGCGUGUCCAUUUUUUUACUGUGUGUUGCUUCCCGGCUGCUGGCGUUGGUCCUUUGGCUGCAGCACGAGACCCAGCAGUGGAGAGGGACAGGACCUGUCUUGGCCACGCUGCCUGCCCUCAGCUGCUCCUGCCCACUGCCACCAUGGCCCCUGUGCAGAGCCCCAGCUUGGCUCACACUGCGACCAGGAGCUCCUCAGGGCCUCUCAGCUCCCUCCAAGGAGGCGAUGGUGCUGUGGCUGGCACCAGCGUGCUGCUGGUUCACUGUGAUGGUGCUGGGGAGGCAGCAGGGCCCUCGAGUGCCAUCUCAAGCACGUGUCACCCCACACCUCCGAGCAGGAGAACAGAGAAACCCUCUCUUUCCUCAGGAAUGUGUUCGUGUUUUCCCUCUGGGCUGCAGAGCUGUGCCCAAGCCCCCCCAGCACUGGCCCUUCCUCUAGCCAAGUGUUGUGCAAUAGCAGGGCUCUGUCCUAGGAGAUGGGGUCUGACAGGGUACGUGUUUAGCCACCCUCCCAGCGGGCUCUGCCCACCCCUGCCCAGCCCGUGCUCUUUCCCGGCACGCAUGCACGCACGCUUGCGUUUUAGUUCCUGUCCCACUGUAAAUACGGGAGGAGCGCGGUGCCCGCACCCCCUGCCCGCCCCCGCGGGAGGAGCUGGCAGCUGCCACCGUCUGAUGGAGUCACUUUGGUUUUGUUUCUCUACCCAGAUGAAAUUAGAAGGUUGAUUUCCUCACCCUUGUUAUUUUUUCAAGGUCUUUCUGGGACCUGGAAAUAAAUUAUUUCCUUGUCGUCUA